ACAAGGUGCUUCACUGUGCUUUGAAAAGGGUCUCACAAAACCUUGGCUGUAAAAAUUAAAAAAAAAAGAAGAAAACACAGCACCACAAAACAGUAAUGGAUACUUGUUCAGAAGAAUGUGAAGCAAUCCACCCUGAUUCGGAGCUGACAACACUGGAUUCCACCGAGCCAGAGGCUGCUGACAAUGAAGACGAAGUUGAGGCUCUUCACAACAGUUUGAAAGAAAUUGUGCACGACCAGGAUGUACAGCCCAAGCUCCAGUGUAUCAUGAUGGACCCCUCUUUCUCCAUGGUGACAGUCCAGGGUGAUGAGAGCUCAAUUGUAUGGGAGACUCCUGCAGUGGAGCUCCCUGGUGGCAGUGAAUGCUCCACUCCAUGGACUUCUGAGUCUGGCAUCACCUCUGAGGGCUACAGCAUCGAGGGCUCUGGUAUGUUGGGUCAAAUCACCAUAGUCAUUGAUGAAGACAAAGCCAGAAGAGGGAAGGGAAUGAGCAGUGGAGCUAAGGGCAGUGAAAAAUCAGGUAGCAAUACCUCCGUACCAACAAUGGCAGCAAGUGGCCCAGGUGGAGCUGAAAGGCCAGCAAUGACAGAGGUUUCUGUGCCUAAUAUCAGAGGAGAAAAUACAGGUGAUGAGUCAGUAGACCCCUAUGAGGAAAAAGAACAACAGUUAUUUAGCAUUGUGUCAGAGGGCUUUGAGAUUCUUAAUAUUGUGGUUCCAUCACAACUCCUGACAGUGGAUGAAGAGGAGAGCAACCAGAUGGAUGAUAACCUGUUUUACUUAGAGGAAUGUCCAAAGAUCAAGUCGAAGCAGAUACUAGAAGAACAUGAGACAAUACAAUCCAGUUUUGAAAUAAACAUAUUAGGUGAAUCACAGUUACUGAGAGAUGAGCAGAUCUCAAAACAGAAUGGAGUCCCAGAGCUGCUUCCACAACCCCUGAAGCCAGAUACUUCAUUUUCUUUUCAAAGUUCUAGUAGCAGACCAAUGAAGACAGAUGGAACCAGUGGUGUGGAUUAUUUUGAGAAGUUCACUUUGAUGUAUGAGUGUAGUCCUGAGGACUACCCUUCUGGCAUAGAGGAGCACAUGUCUUUAAAACCCAGUGAAACAUCACAAAUUCAAGAACAGGAAGAAAGUAUCCGUAGUCCCUCUGAAGGUCAAGAGAAUUUUGAUGUCAUUGAUGAUAUUGAAAUUCCAAGUGAGCGUAUAGAUGAAAUAUUUUAUGGCUGCAGUUAUAUUGAUGAACGCGAAAAGGUAGUGGAGGAGGAAGCAGAACAGCCAAAAUCCCCUCUGAAGGCAAGUGGUUCGGCUUUGUUUGGUAGCGAGGAGGCUACUCUGUCUCCGAUUUUCCUCUCUCCAGGACCUCCAAAAAUCGUUGACCUUAUCCUUCUGGAGGAGCCAGCAGCAAUGUCAUUUCUCUACUCAGACCUUUAUGCAGAGGCAUUGGGAAGCAGGAAAACGGAGGAUGAGACCUUAGACGAGGUGGAGAGCAUUGCCUCAACACCUCAGUCUUUUGAAGGAUGGUUUUCUGAUGUAGAAGAUGCCAAUGGAUAUUUAGAGAAAUUUACUUUAAUAGAUGAGAUCCCUGUGAUUGCAUGCGAACCAUCCCCAGAUAUUUACAGACACAAUGGACUAGGAGUUCAAUCACAAAAUCCAUUGCAACUUUUGAGUGCCCUGACUCCAGUGCAGGAAGAGGUGGAGGAGGAAGUAACGAAGGCAGACAAGGAUAAAUUGUAUGAACUGAUAUCUGCGUUACAAGGAAAAUCUGAAAACAUUGCAGAAUUUGCAUCUGCCCUAGAAUCGGCAUACCAUUCAGUGGAGGAAUACUGUAAAAAAAAUGCCCCGUCUCUGGAAAAAAUUAAUGGAGAGGUGGCAAAGAAAGUAACAGAUCUUUACAAAGAGAUGUCUCAAUGCAUAGGGGAAAACAAGAAAUUCAAGCUGGAACUGAUUCAUCGCCAGAUUGGCGCUAUCAAAAAAAGGAUGGAAUCCGCAAGGGAGGCAUUGGAGAUGACCCUGAGGAUGAUGGAGGAGUCAACAUCAAAAGAUCCUGGCCAAAGUCUUUGCGGCUGCUGCAGUUGAAGAAGGACUUGAAUGCUAUCUUGCCAGUAAGGGCAACGAUACAGGAAAGAUAGUGGUCACAUCCAUCCUUCCCAGUGGUGAAGAACACACUUGCUGGCAAUAAAUGGACAGAACUGAUCUCAUAAUUCAGGGAUUUUUUUGAGAGGUUAAAGGGGAAAACACUGCUUCAAAAUGUUUUAUCUUUUUUCUGAAGGUCAUGUUAUUGCACUGACUGGGAUUUAGUUGUCAUCAUAUCCACUUUCCAAUUAAAAAGAAUGCAAAAACUAACUUUUUCAGCUGAAGGCCUACAUAUGGCUCUCUUUGUUGGACAUGGUACCUUUCACGGGUGGUGUGCACCUCAAAGGCAUAGCCUGAGCACAGGAUGAAGAAUUCAGUGUUAUCCUCAAGAUUUUAAAGUUUUUUUUUUUUUUUUUUUUUUAAAGAUAAUUUUCUGUAUGUUCAGAAUAUGUGUGAGGUCACAUUUUUCUUGAAUUUACUGGGGAGAACUUUGUAGGGGUGUUUUUGGUGAAGAAAGUGAGGUGUAUAACAGGAUAUGUUUUUCCAAGUUGUCCCUUAAAUGUGGAUAUGUAUGGAACUGAAUUGAGCGUUAUUCGUUUUUUUUUUUUUAAAACCUUUAUACUAUUUUUAACCUCCCGAGGAAGUAAUCUUAGGGAGUAAGAACAUUGAUCUUACUCUGAAGAUAACUUUGAAGUUCACAAUAUUCACUCUGCACAGACUCCGUUGGUUGUUAUAUGGGCUUUUGUAAAGAGCAGUGAGGGUCAUUCUGAGAACUUUGUUUGUGUCCGUGAGGCCGGCCAGCUUUAUGGUCCCAGUGUCUUUAAGCUGAAGAUGCUAAAUGGCCAAAACGUCCCUUUAAAGGGGAAAUUGGAGUCAGGUGGAAUGAUGGCUAUUGCAAAUGGAAAAAUGGACCUUUGUAAGAAUUACAUUAAUGAAUUGUUUGAGAAAGGCCUAAGCUCAAAAGACUUGUGAACAUGUCUGUCUCUGCGAGUGUGUGUGUGUGUGUGUGUGUGUGAGAGAGAGAGAGAGAGAGAGUGAGUGAGUGAGUGGAUGUUAUGUUGGCACAUCCUGGGUUGCUUUUGUUUGAGUGGGAGAUGUAUGUGCAGUUAUACAUGUUUCAUUGAGAUUUUUUGAGGUUAAGUAAUCUUAAAUUUUGUCUUGGAAAUGAAACUUCUAAAUACACACACACACACACACACACACACACACA